AUGGGUCAAGUGACGAUUGUUGUCGAGGGUGUUGAAGUCAUGACAUGUGCAGCUGAGAUGGUUCACAUGCUCCCCGUUCGGCUGUCUCGAUGCGCGACCCGAAGCGACCAGGGUCUGGCGAUAGGUGCACAGCGGACGUUUGCCACACAGGCAAAUGAAACCAUACACGCAACGGCGAAGGCUGCGGGGCGGAGCGCAAAGAGCAGCAAGAGGAGGAGAAGAUUGUUGAUAGCUGGGGGUGGACUUGCAAUAGGCGCGGCUGUGGUCACGGUCAACCAGGAUGCCAAGCAUGCCUAUGUAGCGGCACAGAGGAGUUACAGGGUGGUGGAGACGCUGGUGCUCAACAUUCGAGACUACCGCGAUGUUCUCAAGCGCGACCAAGAGCCAGACUACAACGAACAGCUGAAAGCCUGCCACCUACGAUGCGCCAAACGAACCCUCCGCACACUCGAGAAGAACGGCUCCAUCUUUAUAAAGCUGGGUCAGCACCUGAGCAGCAUGAACUACCUCCUUCCCAUUGAGUGGUGCGAUACCUUUAUCCCGCUACAAGAUCAAUGCCCCGUGUCCUCUUUCGAAUCUAUACAAGACAUGUGUCGGCAGGAUACUGGUCUCGAAAUCUCAGACUUCUUCUCUGAGUUCGAACAGCAGCCCAUAGGCGCUGCCUCGCUCGCCCAGGUACACCGUGCUACUAUCCGUGAAACUGGUCAGAAGGUCGCUGUCAAGGUGCAACACCCUGCGUUGGACGAAUGGGCAAGACUCGACUUGGCAUUGACGAGUUUCUCCUUUGCAACACUCAAGCGAUGGUUCCCUGAGUACGAUCUCACAUGGCUCAGCGAAGAGAUGGAAGUUUCACUCCCCCAGGAGCUUGAUUUCGCCCUCGAAGGCAAGAACGCUAUGCGAGCACGCGAGUACUUCUCCCACGUACACGAAGUACCCGUUGUCAUACCUCAGGUGCUCUGGGCAAAACGUCGGAUGCUGGUCAUGGAAUAUGUCUCUGGAUUCCGAACAGAUGAUCUCAAGAGCCUGGAUGAGCAUGGCAUCGACAGAGAUGAGGUGUCUGCAGCAUUGGCAAGAAUAUUCAACGAGAUGAUCUUUGGCAGAGACGCUCCCCUUCAUUGCGAUCCUCAUGGCGGCAACAUUGCUAUCCGAUACAACCCUACUCGCAAAGGCAAAACGAACUUUGAUGUUGUCCUAUACGACCACGGUCUCUACCGCGAUAUCCCUUUGCCACUGCGACGAAAUUACGCAAAGCUGUGGCUAGCUGUUCUGGACGCUGAUGAGGAUGAAAUGCGCAAGUACGCCUAUGAAGUAGCUGGUAUCAAAGAUGAGCAUUUUCCGCUCUUUGCCUCUGCGAUCACAGGCAGAGACUACACGGUACUGGCCAAGAAGGAAGGUGGCGCUGGAGGUGUCACGACUACUAGGACGAGUGAAGAAAAGAAGGUCAUCGGAGAUGCGCUUGGAGAGGGCUUGUUGGAAAACUUGAUUGAAUUGCUCGGCCAAGUGCCCAGAGUCAUCCUUUUGAUUUUGAAGACGAAUGAUCUUACUCGUUCACUAGACGAAGGUCUGCACACACGCCAAGGUCCCAUGCGCACCUUUCUCAUUCUAGCCCGCUACGCUUCCCGUACAGUCUACGAGGAGUGCCUCGACAAUCUCAAUGGAUCCGUGCUCUGGCCCAGCAAUUUCUUCAUCUGGCUGGGCGCGUGGACAAGGCAUAUGCGGGUGGAGAUGCAGCUGAGCAGCUAUGAGACGUAUCUCAAGCUGAGGGCCCUGCUGGGAUUGAGGAAGAUUGAGAUUGCGGAUAGUUUCAGGGAGUGA